UUUAGUGAGGUGCUAUCCAUCGCUGAGUUUCGUCUGCACUCACUCGCUCCCUCGACCCCAACAGGCCGCUGGAUCUUGGUCAGGACUUGACUGCAGUCAACAGUUCGUUAGUUAUGAAGUUUCUGCAGCAUUUUCUGGUCUUUUCGACGGUCUUUUGUCAUAUAAAAGCCAGAGGGGUAUUCCCAAACCAUGUCCAGAAGUCUGAAGAGGCCUUCGACGAAUAUUCAUCAUAUCUGGAAGCUGAUAUUUUGGGAGAUGCACAGACCAGUCCUAAUAUACCCACGUUUGCCAAGCAGAAAACUCUGUGUAAUAAGACAGGAUGCCCCAAACAUAAGAAGCCAACUUCACAAUUUUAUCCUGAGCCUUUAAGAAUGGCGGUUACAAAAAACAUCAAGUUGUGGGAUGGUGGGAAAGUCCCCUACAUCGUAGGUUUCAACCGAGAGGACAAUCUUUAUGUGUAUGACAACAUCAUGACAGCCAUCGGUAUAAUCAAUGAACUAAACUGCGUCGAAUUCUACGAGUCCAACUCUGAGAUGGAUGCUGUCAGGAUUAUCCUUGGUCCCGAUUAUUCAUCGCACUGUGGAAGACAGGGAGGCGUCCAGGACCUCACAGUUUCAAGUGAUAACAGUAACAUAGGAACCAUCUUGCAUGAACUCAUGCAUACAUUAGGUUUCGGUCAUGAACACAACCGUCCAGACAGAGACGAUUACAUCAUCAUUCUAUGGGAUAACAUUCAGGAGAGAGCAAAACCUUACUUCCAGAAAUACACGUAUGGUAACUUCACAGAUAACAGUCUGGAGUAUGAUUACAAGAGCAUUAUGCAUGCAACUAAUCAGCAAAAUCCAGAUAUUUUUCUCGACGUCACUAAACCUAUCAUGACUAGAAUCAAUGGAGCCUUGGAUGUGGGUCAAAGGGCUUACCUUACUGAACUGGACAAGGAACGGAUAAAGAAAACCUACAGAUGUGGUAUCUGCAGCAACAGUCUACCAGAUGGGCUCCUGUUCCGCUACCCUGGAAACUGCGAAAAAUACUACCAAUGCGCCCACGGCCAAGCGGUUGUGAUGGAGUGUCCUGUUAAACUUCACUUCAGUGAGGAGAAAAAGUAUUGCGAUUACCCAUCCGUAGCAAACUGUGCAAAGUGACCUCUGCUUACAGAUAUUCUAGUUUAACCGUAAGGUAUAAUUCAUGAUCAAAUUUCAAAGUUACUGAUGUACUAAUUACCCACCCCUUUUCAUUCUCCUGCGCAGCAGAAAACAAUAAUGUUAUAUCCUAGUCAGUUAUUCACCACAUUCUAUAGUCAUUAUUGUUUAUGUAUAAGUGUAUACAUAUAGGCAUUUGAUGAUAUAAUGUAUGCAGAAGCAGAAAUAGUGGAAGUUAUAAGCCUUCGCAACAGCUCUAGCAAUUGAUUUUAUUUAAAUUUAAAAAAGCCAUACACUCCUAUUUUUGCAAUAUCUAUUUAGAAUUCAAGAUGCGACUAUCGAAUGAAGAUAAAUACUGGAUUAGGAAAACUGAGGCACAUAUCAACCAUCUCUGACUUUUUACAAUGUCCUGUCAGACCAUCAUUUUGGAGACGUAGAAACCAAUUCACCAGUGGCGGAUUUAGGGGGGAGCAAAGCAGGCCAUGGCCUAGGGACGCAAAUCUCAGCCAAAAAAAAUUAAUAAUGAUUAAAAGGGUAUAAAAAUUAAUUACUUAACAAUAAUAAUCUAAAGGUGCUCAAUUACAAAAUAAAUCACGGAAAUCUAACACCCGCCCCAAAGCUGUAAGGGCCCUCUUUGCUUGCCCAUAAAUGAGAGUGGCCCCUAUGGUCACUGGCCUAGGGACCCGCACACCCUAAAUCCGUCCCUGCAAUUCACUCAUAUUGGGUCCUUGUUCAUUCUUUUAAGUGGAGAUAACAGCAAGCUUACACAUAUUUUUGUAGUAUUUGACUCUUUUAUUAUGGUUCCUAAAUAUAUUGCCUUUCAAUGCGCAUAAAAUAAAAAAAAAAUGUUAAAAUGUGAGACUCGAUUGUUCUUCUCAAGUAAUACUUCCUGUGAAAACCCUUUACUGGUAGCAAAUAAAUAAAUGGAGUAUAUGAAUGUAAGUAAA